AUGCUCGCCUACAACAUUUUCGAGCUCGUCGCCGACACUUCAUCCAGUCAAGGCUCGACGGAGGGCGACAAUGGAGUUGAGGCCACGGGGACUGGCGUCAGAAGCGGCGCGGGGGGCGGGGAGGAAGGCGAACAAACCUCUGACGGAGAAGAUGGGGAUGUUGGGGGCGGAGAGGACGGAGACUUCGGAGACGGAGAGGGAGACAUGGAUGAAGAGGGUGCGGGUGAUGAGGGAGGAAACGGCGAAGAUUACGACACCACCCCGCGGACCGGAAAUGUAAAGGGGAAGCGGAAGGGGAAGCAGAACGGGAAGGAGAAGGCCAAAGGACAGGAGAAAGACAUCGAAGGCACGGUGGUGAAGACCAGGCAAGCGAGUCGGCGCAAGUCCACCGGUCACGGAGGGCUGCUGUUGACGCCGGCGACUGUUGAAGACGUGGAGGAGUGCAUCCUGCUCGAUAUGGAUCGCGAUGAGCAGGCUGCCAUCGACCUCCGCAGACGGGCCAAGUUGGUCUUGCUCAACGUCGGCGCAUUCCAGGGGUGUAAGGCCGACGACGACAGGCUCGCAGACCUCAUCUACAAUGUCCGGCACAGCAUGAUAUGCCCGCGGGGAACCAUGGCNAUCUGUGGUGGCGUCGCUCUCGGUGCUUUCUUCACCGUGAACGUGGGUGUCGAUCUGACCCUUGUCUUUUGUGUACCGUCUCUCCUUUCUCCCGCGCCUUACACCAACAUUCUCCACCGCAUUCCAAGGGCGCAAAACUUCGUCGUGCACGAGGAGUACAGCCUGCUCGAUAUGGAUCGCGAUGAGCAGGCUGCCAUCGACCUCCGCAGACGGGCCAAGUUGGUCUUGCUCAACGUCGGCGCAUUCCAGGGGUGUAAGGCCGACGACGACAGGCUCGCAGACCUCAUCUACAAUGUCCGGCACAGCAUGAUAUGCCCGCGGGGAACCAUGGCUUUCCUGGUCCCCCAUCCGUGGUUCGAGAAUGGACACCACCUGCAAGCCGCACUCACAGCUAAGGGCAUGCGCGUGGUUAUCGAGGAGAACAUGCUGACUCUGGUGUACUCCUCUACUGGAGCAGGACGCCCUGCGUCCGCCGCCAACGGUCAUCUGAAGUUUAGCCAGGACGCGGUCAUGCUCGUACAUCUGACCUCUUUUUCAUCCAGCAACUCGCCGACGGAUGGUUUCACUGUGAACGAGAAAGUNCAAGUCUAG